CCUUUCAGGGAUCUAGUAACGUCCAUGCCUCGAACAUAAGGCAGGUGGUCAUAAUGUUAUGGCUGAUCGGUGUGGAUGGAAUGGAUACAGGACUUUUAUUUUGAAUACAGAGCUGCCAUGUUUCGUUUUUUAAAUGGCUUUAGCUGUUUCUAGCUUAGCAGUAGCGUUAUGUGGGCUGUCAAAGCCGGUAUUUAGAUAAUAGUCAAUGAAUGGAUGAUCCAGUUGUAACAGAGCGCAUGUAUUCGGGCUUUCCGAUUUAUCGUGUGAGGUAUGAAAGUUAAAAGUGCAGCUUCACACCGGGCAGAAGAGGAAAAUCAGGACGAGACGGGGGCAGUAAUUACGGCUGCAGUAAGGCGAUGGCUGCUGGAUGCUGGAGGCUGUGUGUGUCGCUUUGGUCUUUCUGUUUUCUGCUCAUCUACACACACUGUCACACAUGUAGUCACAAAGUGCCCUUGUCCUCAGAGGUGAUACAUGGCGUCUACCUGAGGUCUCCGAGGCUGACAAAAAGAAGCUCGGAAAAGGAGUUAAAGAUCGAGAUAGUUUAUGACUCCAGCUUGGAUGUGUUAGAUAAGGACAAGAGCAGUCUUGUGAAGGAGAAACUUUUCCCACAAGCCAUUGAUUAUCUCCAGAAGGCUUUCAGGGUGCGUAGGGAGGCAGGUCCUGUGUUACUAAGCAGACAAUGUGCAACAAAUCAAUAUCUGCGGAAAAAAGACGAACCUCACCGAUAUUGCCAAGAAGCUUGUGCAAAUAUCACAAAAUGUGGACCAGUUAUUGUGCCUGAGCAACAUUUACAGCAAUGCAGAGUGUGCAGUGAGACCGGGAAGUCAUGUGGCCCAAAUGGACCCCCAGAUGGUGAGGGUGUUAAAGGGGCAGAUUUUGUGUUGUAUGUGAGUGGGGUGACCACAGAGCGUUGUGGCCAAGAAAACAUUGUGGCCUAUGCAGCAUACUGCCAGUUGGAGGCAGAACUAGACAGGCCCAUUGCUGGAUAUGCCAAUUUGUGUCCAAAUAUGAUCUCAACCCAGCCUCAGGAGUUCGAGGGCAUGCUCUCCACGGUCAAGCACGAGAUUAUACAUGCCUUGGGUUUUUCAGCUGGGCUCUUUGCCUUUUACCAUGAUGAUGAUGGGAAGCCUCUGACUCCACGCUUUGCAAGCGGCUUACCAGCAUUUAAUGAAAGUUUGGGUCUAUAUCAGUGGAGUGAUAAAGUCAUAAAGAGAGCGACACGAACGUGGGACAUCCGCGGAGGUCAAAUGAUCCAACAUGAGGUCCACCUGAUGGUCACCCCACGAGUUGUGGAAGAAGCUCGGAGACAUUUCCACUGCUCUAGUCUCGAGGGUAUGGAGCUGGAAAACCAAGGGGGCAUGGGCACAGAGCUAAACCACUGGGAAAAGCGCUUACUAGAGAAUGAAGCGAUGACUGGAUCUCAUACACAGAACAGAGUUUUUUCCAGGAUAACGCUGGCUAUAAUGGAAGAUACAGGGUGGUACAGAGCCAAUUACAGCAUGGCAGAAAACUUGGAAUGGGGCAAAGGUUUGGGUUGUGACUUUGUGACGAAAAGCUGCAAAUACUGGAUCGACCAGCAACGCAAGAUGAGUCCAACACCGACCCCAUACUGUGACUCGGUGCGAGGCUCGCCUCUACAGCUCUCCUGCAGGCAGGACCAGCUGGCAGUGGCUGUGUGCAACCUGCAGAAGUAUCCUCGGCCUCUGCCUCAAGAAUAUCGGUAUUUUGACAGUAUACCCGGAGUGGCUGAAGAGGAUUUGUCCUUUUAUGGAGGAUCAGUGGAGAUUGCAGAUUUUUGCCCCUUCAGUCAGGAGUUCAGCUGGCAUCUGAGUGGAGAAUACCAACGCAGCUCUUUCUGCAGAAUUCAGGAAAACCAGCCAGACUCAUCCAGGAAUUUUGCGGCUGAAGAAUAUGGUCCUGACUCUGUUUGUCUGUACCAAAAGUCAGCUUUUGUCAUGGAUCAGUGCGAUAGACACAUGACCUACCCAGACUGGGGAAGUGGCUGCUAUAAGAUAUCAUGCUCAGCAGAGGGCUUAAAGGUAUGGGUGCAGGAUCAGAGCUUCCUAUGUGUCCAUGCUGGCCAGGUGCUUGACGUGAAUGUGUGGAUGAAUGAGUGGGUGUACACUGGGCAGCUUAUCUGCCCUUCCUGCUCAAACUUCUGCAACAAGUGCCCUCACAAGCCCCCACCAUUCAACACUACUCGCACUGUUCGCAUAGACCCUUGCUCCAGCUCUUCUGGCACGGUGGUGACAUUGUGGCGGCUCCUGCUCAACCUCCUUCCUUUGCUGGCAGGCUUCAUGCUGUGUGUAAGGAAUUGAAAUUGGUCAGUGUAAUGGGAAUGCAGGAAGCCCUGGGCAUCCUACUGCUGCAGGCUUCCUGCUGAGAUUCUUUUAUUAGCAGGGAAGGCAGUGCUCAGAGUUACUGUAUUGGUGUACACUGUCAUCUUUCCUGUGAAUAAGAAGGCCAUAGUCGAAAGUUGGUUGGAAAAAGCCAUUGACUGCACUUUGCUCCGUCUUGAUAUCAAGUGCCAGUCAGAGGUAUUUGAGACCAGAAGCCAUAGUCGAACAAGCAGGCGUGCAGCAGGUGACCUUAAAAAAAUGCUGGUGCUAAUCUGUGUCGUCUUCUACAUAUCUUUGGUGGACAGUGAAGUCAAUGAAGGUGAUUUUAUUUUUAAUUUGUUUUAAAAUGCCAGUGCUUACUGGAUGUGGAUCAGUGAAUGUGAAUGUGUGUGGUGUGUCUAUAUAAAGUGGCUCAGACAAAUCUAGGAGAAACCUCCUAAAGGUAAAAGGUCCAAACUCUCUUCAUUUUAAUGGUAACAUUUGUAUUGGCAUGUACUGUAAGAAAAGGGAAAAAAAAGCUACAAGUAGCUCAUAAUUUCACUUUUUAUAGAUAUUUACUAUGAAGGUUUUUGUAUUUAUUUGAGUAAACAGCGUCCUAAAUUGUGUCCUAGGCUUUUUAAUUGUACAUUUUUAUUAAGCAAAGACUGUCAAACUGGUUAUUAUAACAACCAAUGCACUAAUUUAAAACACAUAAUAGGGGUGCACCAGGCCAGUUUUACAGUGUCAUCAUGUUGGUCAUGUUCGUUCUUCUCCUCAGUUAGUAAAUAUGACUUUUGGAAUAAGGCUUUUUUUUGUUUUUUCUUAAUACUUUAUCAUGAAUGUUUGUGAUUAUUGUCACUUUCAUUCCAAAAAUUGCAUUGUCAUUGUCGACAUUCUCUCGAAACAAAGAUCAGUUCAGUUACUUAUUUAUUCAAUUGUUAUUAUUAUUAUUAAUAUUAAAUUUCAUGUAGAAUACAAUAGAAUGCUUUUUAAUAUUUGUUAGCCAGACCAGGUUAGUCAUGUUGAAAGGACCAGCACAACAUGCAGUAAGUUUUUAGCUUGUUUUGUAAUCUGCAGUGGCAGUCUCUGGAAGUUCUUUAAUGAAGAUCUUUUAACAUUUUAAGUUUUGUUUUUAGCUUAUAACACUACAGUAUGCUUAUCACUUGAGUGACUGCCAGAUAUCUGAUUAUUGGGUAAAGACAAAACACUGUGCAAAAGCAUUUAAUAAUCUAGAAAUGUUUUGUUUCACUGAGAAUCUGCAUUUCCUUUCUAUUUUAAUACUACAAAAGCAUUUAUAGUUCAGCGUGCACAUAUAACAUUCAGGGGUAAACAGCAUGAUAGUGCUGACGAAGAGAAUAAAAAGCAUUGUUGGUGUUUAUUUUGCAAUACUUAUGCAUUUCAAAACUUAGAUUUCAGUCAUUUAUAUUAAGGUCUGUUGUAUAAUAUAUGUAUUUAUUUGACUUAACUUAGAGUGAUUUUCUUAGCUUAGGUAAUAAAACAUUUCAGUUAAUUAAAAGUUUUUUCCACUAACAGAAUAUCAAAUGUGGCAGCUUGCAGUAAUCAAACAAUGUUACCAACAUAUUGUUAUUGCACAGUGUACACCGAUCAGGCAUAACAUUAUGAGCACCUACAGGUGAAGUGAAUGACUGAUUAUCUCCUCAUCAUGGCACCUGUUAGUGGGUGGGAUAUAUUAGGCAGCGAGUGAACAUUUUGUCCUCAAAGUUGAUGUGUUAGAAGCAGGAAAAAUGAGCAAGUGUAAGGAUUUGAGCGAGUUUGACAAGGUCCAAAUUAUGAUGGCUUAGAUGACUGGAUCAGAGCAUCUCCAAAACUGCAGCUCUUGUGGGGUGUUCCCGGUCUGCAGUGGUCAGUAUCUAUCAAAAGUGGUCCAAGGAAGGAACAGUGGUGAACCGGUGACAGGGUCAUGGGCGGCCAAGGAUUAUUGAGCGAAGGCUGGCCCGUGUGAUCCGAUCCAACAGACGAGCUACUGUUGCUCAAAUUGCUGAAGUUAAUGCUGGUUCUCAUAGAAAGGUGUGAGAAUACACAGUGCAUGAUGGAUAAGGGCUGUUUUGGCAGCAAAAGGGGGACCAACACAAAAUUAGGCAGGUGGUCAUAAUGUUAUGCCUGGUCAGUGACCUGUGCUAGGACUCUGCAUAAUGUGUGUUCAAGCAUCAAUAACCUGUUUUGCUAACUUUUUUUUAAAUUCAUGCCUGUGCCGAGGGUUCAUUUGAAUACAAACAGUUUUUUAAUUGCUCUAUGAAUAACUACAAAAUAAAUCUAGCUCCGGUUCAAUGGAAUAGAACUGCUUUUUAUGUAAAUGCAAUGUAGUUGUUUUUUAACUGUGUGGUUUAUACACUAAUCUGUAACUGAACAAGCCUUACAGUCCCCAAAGUCUAUUCCUACUGAAGCCAGAAAUGAGUAUAAUGCAUCAAAAUUCCUCUUCUCUCUCUCUCUCUCGCUCUCUAAUUUAUUUCCACUACUUGAAGGUGGAGUGGAAUUGGGGUCUGUGUCACUCUGUGUCUAUGCUUCAUUUCACUGUUGGACUGAAAAGCUGUUUUUCAUUGCAGGUUUAAAGAGCAUUACAAUUGUAAACAUGACAAGAUAUCACAGAUACUGAGGUGGCUAUGACAUAAACUGAUAUGUUGUACCUGAUUAACUCGUAUUUGCAUAAAUUGUUAACAGUAGGUAUUAGACUUCAGGUUACUUUGUUUACAUUAAAUAAUGGCUUAUCUGUAAGCAAAGAAAAAACAUUUUAGGGUUGGUUUGUUUUUUUUUGUUUUUUUUGUUGCCAAGAUUCAGUUGGUCCUCAUGUGACACUCAUUUACUCUACCACACCUUUUAUUUAUGUUUAGAUUCAUAGUUCACAUUAAUAAUAAUUAAUAUAUUAUUUCUUUUCCGUAAUAUCCAUACUCUACUGGAUUUAGUUGAUUUUAGAUUAUUUUUCCCUUUUGUAUCUUAUUAAUCCAGAGGACAUUUAUGCUUAUUAUUAUUAUUAUUUAAUUUCAAGUCUGUUUUAGUUACAGAUACAAUUGAAGUCCUUUCACUAGACACAGAUAACACAUGGCUUGUACUAAAUCUUGUCAUACUAAAUGUGGACAAGUCUUCUGGCCUGUGGCCUAAUCAUUGUCGGAUAUACACACCCCCUACCUCAUAAUCAGUUAUUUUUAUGUGUGACAUUGCAGUGGAGAUUUUUUUUUAAGUAAUAAUUCAAGUGCAGAUAGAUAAAUGGGUGUUUUAUAGGGUGACACAUUUGUGACAGACCAAAGACAAUUCUAUGCAUAAUGCUUGAUGAUUCUCAUACAAAGAGUCGUUCUUGGCUAUCCUGUUGUCUUUUUUUUUUUUUUUUUUUUUCCAUGUAUUAGAAAUUGCAUUUGCAUUUCUUCUCCACAAUUGUAUUACACACUGCAUACUGUAGAACAAAUGACACUGUU